CCCAACAAACCCAGCGCCUCAGCCAUAUGCAGAACAACAAGAAAAGUCUCCUGUCACGAUGGCAGACCUCGAAAACGAAGCCCAUCCUCAGAACAACGAAGCUAAAGCAAAUCCCCUUUCCGAAGAAGCCCAAGUCGAACCAGAACCCUCUUCUCGGCGGGGAAAGUUCGGGGGGACUGUUCCCAUCCCUAACUAUCCUCCUGGCGCAAAGAUGUGGAUAAUAGAUGGAUAUGGUGUCAUAGGCGGUUGCGGCAUCUUCUACACUCUUCCAGAUCGUCCCGAAGUGGUCGUUAAGGUGGCUAUUCCUUCGGACCGCACUCUCUCCGAUUUCGAGAUCGAGAAACGUGUGUAUCGGCGUCUUAGGGAGCACCCGCACCUAGUCCACGUCUUCGAAAUAAACGAGUAUGGCAUCUAUCUUGCGCUAGCGUCGAACGGCUGCCUACGACUAUAUUACGAGAAGGGAGGCAAGGCUACGCUCCACGAGAGGGUAACAUGGUGUCGCGAUAUCACUGCUGUGGUCGAAUACGUCCACCAGAAGAACGUCCGCCACGGCGACCUAUCGGGCCGCAACAUGUUGCUAGACUCGGAUAGGAAGAUCUUGCUCUGCGAUUUCUCGGGCUCCUACAUCGAUGGCGAGAGUGCCACUAUUAUCGCCGAGGUCGGCUUCCGCUAUCCCGACAAAAACGAAAACCGUCUACCUACUAUACGCGCUGAGCUCUACGCGCUUGGCUCUCUCCUCUACGAGAUUAUCGUGGGGAAGAAGCCUUACCAUAAUCUAGAGGAUAACGUCGUUCUCGAGCGCAUGGCUAGGGAGGAAUACCCUAACGUUAGCGACCUGCCACUUGGGAACGUUAUAAUGGGGUGCUGGACUGGCGAGUUCGCAUCAGCCGCCGACGUAGGCGACGCCAUCACCCAGGCUAGUAUAGAAGAUUUACGGGCAUCACGUAGAGGAGAGAUGUACCGAUGGGCGUACCGAUGACUGGCUGCCGUCCACUAGGCUUGAAAUUACCAAACAGAUGUGCUGGGACUGCUUGUCACGCUCGGCGGCGGAACGAGAAAUCGUCAAAUUAUACAUGAAACGCAC